CGAAGACCGUACAGUACUUUGUACACUUUUCUCUUUCUCUCUCACGCUCACUUCUCACUUCUCACUCACACACAAUUUCUGUUGCGCUUCUAUAGGAAUCACAUUGCUUGACCUGUGAGAGAAAAAAACAUUUAUCCCAAGAAAACUAAAGGAAGUCCGGAUUUUUCUCUGUUUCUCCUCGCAGGUUGAAUGCAGCGAUGAAAUUACAAAACCCAGAUAAGAAAACCCUAAGAGAAUCUAAUUUAGUGGCUUCAGAUUCUCAAGUUCCGGUGACGGAGGUAUCAAUGGAAGAAAAUGAUGAGGGUUUAUGCCAAGGUGGUGAUAAAGUGAGGAAGAUUGAAGUCUCUGGAGGAAAUUUAUCACUUGUUGUUGAUUUUAGUGGCUCGAAUUCUGACAAUGGCUUUGAAUCAAAUGGGAGUUGCCCGAACGAGAAUCUGGUGAAGGGAAAUCAAACUCGGGAGUUUCUCGCUGGGAAUCUUGUUUGGGCGAUGAUUAAACCCAAGAAAUGGUGGCCAGGGGAAGUUGUUGGUUUCAAAGCUGAUGCAAAGGAGAGCUUCAAGGUUAGAUAUCUUGGUGAAAGCGAGCUUGUUUCGUGGUGCGCACCUUCAAAGUUGAAGCCUUUCAAGGAGAGCUUUGAGGAAGUGGUGAAUCAAAGAAACGACAUGGGCUUUUUCGUUGCGGUAGAGAAAGCUAUGACCUUGUUGAGCAACUCGUUGAAACUUGACAUGACUUGUUCUUGCAUUGCUGAAAAGAACGGAAUCACGCUGGUUCCAAACGUGAAAACUCGCAAGACAAAGCCUUUGAUACUGCGUGAGUUCGCUGUAGAUCGGUUGGAACCAAAAGAGUUUGUCACUCAGCUGAAUAAUCUCGCGACAUGUGUUUCGAAUGCUGGGAUGCUUGAGACGACAGUUAUGCAGAGUAGGUUAUCGGCUUUUUAUUCUUUCUUUGGGCAUAAGCAGAUAGCAAUGGAUCAGCUACACCAAAACGAGGUUAGGAAAGUUUUCACUGCAGCUAAGAUGAAUGAGAGUCAGUUCGUUGGUUCUCCAUCCAUUGUUGCAGGUAGUAGCAGGAGGAGGUUUCGUAAAGAAUGGUUUAGGAAAUUUGUCAGUGAGGUUGACAAUGUGUCUGCGAGAGACGAUCUAGUAAACACGCCUCCUUCUGAUUUGGUAUCUAAACUCAAGCUGCUUGCUGUUGACUAUAAGUGUUUAGAAGAGACCGAGAACAUCGGUCUCUUUGAGUGGUUCUUCUCCAAAUUCAGAAUCUCCGUGUUUCGUGAUGAGAAUGCUUACAAGAUGCAGUUGGGUAGUAUGGCUGGUUUGAAGGAUUUGAUGGUAGCUAAGCAGAAACCUUCAAAGUCAAGUAAAUCAGGGACUUCAAAGCUCGAGUCUUUCAGUGUUGUUUCAGUUGCUAAUACUGAGCUGAAGACUGUUGAGUCGCAGAAAUCAGAGAAGUCAAAGAUCGAGCUUUUUUGUGGUCUUUCAGUUGCUAAUACUGAGCUGAAGACUGUUGAGUCGCUGAAAUCACAAAAGUCAAAUCUCGAGACUCUUGAUGUUGUUUCAACUCCAAGUAAUGAGCAGAAGGCCUCCAAGCCUAAGAAAUCAGAGCUGAAAAAGAUCAAACAUGGUCACUUAGAUUUUUCUAAUCCGGUCGCAAAUGAGCCGUUUGCGAAAGAUGUCCAAGGAAAAUCAUUGGUACGUUCUCCACACGGGAAAGCUUCUAUGGCAGAUACACGCAGCAAACCUGGUGCUACAUUUAUAUUUGACUUAAACAGCGGAGGCAAUGCUUUAGCUUCUACAGAAUUUGACCAUUUGCAAAGACCAAAGACUUCAACUCCGCUCAAAGUCCCCCCACAAGAGGAGAAGACACCAAGAACUAUGAUGCUGAACUUUCAGGUGGCAGCUCCAUCUUCAACCUUUGGAAUCUCAGGAACUGGGUUUGCUUCCAGCCAGCCAGCUUCGGAAAGAUACUUCACGAGUGCAGAUCUUUUCACUAAUGUCACUAGUACAGGGAAGAAAAAGAGAGGAAGGAAGAGGAAGAAUCCAGAAGAGAUUCCAGUAGCUGCACAGGCCACUAGUGGUAUACCUGACUUAAAUGGAACAACUACAGAGCCAGCUUCGGUUCUGCCUCAAGUUGAGCCUACACAGCGCAGAAGAUAUCGGAAGAAAGAGGAGUCACCUAAUGGAUUAACCAGAGGAAUCACAAUCCUCUUCUUGAAAUUUUCCUCCCGAGUGUCAAUGCCUUCAAGGGACGACCUAACCUCGAGAUUCUCUGCCUUUGGUCCCUUGGAUUCAUCUGAAACACACGUUUCAGAAGAAUCUAUUGGUGCGCAGGUCGCCUUUGUGAGUAGUGGCGACGCUGUAGAAGCAGUUAAAAGCUUAGAGAAAGCUAACCCAUUUGGUGAGACCUUAGUGAGUUUCAGGUUACAGCAAAAACUGAUAAGCGUUCAAAGGAACAUAGCACCGCGAAUGCCGGUAAUCUCGCACGUUAGUCCAAUACUGAAAAUGAACAGUACACCGUUGACUGUGGAUUCGAUGAGGCAGAAUCUGAUGAUGAUGACAUCAAUGCUGGAGAAAUCAGGGGAUCGUGUAUCAAGAGAGACCAAGGCAAAACUGAAAAGCGAGAUCGCUGGUCUUCUGGAAAAGGUUAGUUCUAUGCCUAGUAGCUCUUCUUCUUCCUGAACAAUCCUUUGACAUAUAUCAAUGUGAUCUUCUCAGACUUUCUAAUGUACCAUGUGUUGUAACUUUAUGAACUCCAUUCUUGUGUUUCCAUCUUUCGGAUGGUAGUUCUAGUAUAAGAUAGAUAUUAGAAGAUGCUGGCAAUAUUAUAAGAAAACUUUCAGCUUUUUUCAGAUACAAGCUUGAAGCUCUUGUAA